AUGGCGGCCGCGGCAGCAGUGGCACCGGAGAAGAAGCUCACGCUGAGGAGCUCCGACGGCGUGGAGUUUGUGGUGGAGGAGAUGGUGGCGAUGGAGUCACAGGCAAUCAAGCACAUGAUCGAGGAUGAUUGCGCCAACAACAUCAUCCCCCUCCCCAAUGUCAAAGCAGAGAUCCUUGCCAUGGUCAUCAAAUACUGCAAGCAGCACGUCGAGAAGCACGGAGCCGAAGCCACAGACUCCACCACCAAGGCCUCCGAGCGGUACCUCAAGACCUUCGACAAGGAUUUCGUCGACGUCGAACAACGCAUCCUCUUCGACCUCAUCUUGGCUGCACACUACCUGGACAUCAAGGGGUUGCUGGAUCUGACCUGCCAGAAGGCCGCUGACAUGAUAAAGGGGCUGACUCCAGAGGAGAUCCGUAGGACCUUCAACAUCAAGAACGACCUCACCAAAGAGGAAGUGGAUGAACUCUGGAUGAAGAACUAG